GAGCGGGGAUGCAGGGCGCCGGCGCUGGGGGCAGCCGGCCCGGCCCAGCCCGCUCCGCUCCCCGCUAGAGGGAAGCACCCGCUCGGCCAUCCCUGCUCGCCGCGGGGCUUGCCCGGGCCCGCCCCAGCCCUGCCGGGUCUCAUUGCCGCCACUCCCCCGCCCCGGCUGCUGCGGGCAAGCCCGGGCAUCUCCCGCGGCGCUCCGGUCGCACCCCACACCCAUAGUUUGGGCUGGUUUCUCUUAGAGCUUCUUCUCCAGCCCCCUCUCCUUUUUCCCGGCUCCAUCUAUCCUUAGCCGCCGCCGCUGGGAGGAGGCCCAAGACUCAUGUACCCCCUCGCUGCCUGGUCAGAGCCUGGCAGGGAAAGGAAGCAGCUGGCACAUACCCUUGUCUGGCGCCCAGCACCCCAGCUUUACGCUGUGUGACGGGACAGGAUGGUCUGUCGGAACCCUGCCGUGCUGCUGAGCCCCAGUUCCUGAUAAGCCUCAAUUCCCGCUGGCGCUGUGCUGGCCCAAGCUGCUCUGAACGGCCACAGGCCCCCGCCCCACCCUUGGAAGAAGGACAGCAGCAAGGAGCCGGAGCCAAAAUACAAACCCUGCGUCACGCUGCCGCCUGGCUGCGCUGCCGUACACAGAGCGUCCUUGGGCACGGCCCCGGCAGCCCACCUCGGCGCCCUGGCAAAGGGUUUGGCCGCCGAGCAGGAAGCAGCUGGGGAGCAGGGGGUGGCAGCGAGUUUCAGGUUCCCCAACCCCACGGAGUUUCGUUUUCGGCAGCGGGUUGGGCGCUUGGCAAGGGCCGCGGCGAGGCAGCCGCUCGGUCAGCCCAGCCGCCCCCUGGUGGGGGGGCACCGUGAGACACCCGUGUCCGCCGUGUGAGCCCCCGCUGGCUUUGCCGCGGCAAGGAGACCCAGCAGUACGUGGUGCCGGGUCCGCGUUAGAGACACACGUUCAGCCCCGUCUGCCGGUGCUGUGCCAGCAUCCUGGGAGCGCUUCUAUUAAGUCUGGGCAGGGCGAGCUCUGGCAGCUUUCCCAGCACCUUCCCCAAGGGUCCCUGGUGUCUCCAGGAGCCAUCUUGAUCACUGCUCGUUUCAUUUCCCACUGUUCUCCCUCCAGCUCCUCUGUAACUGGGGGCAGGUGAAUAACGCACAGGUUACAUAACAGGGCAUCUGAUUUCGAUCUGGCUUAAUUUGCACUGAUUUAACAAGCAGUAGACAGCUGAAGACGAUUGCCUUCUGCCCAGAUUCUCUGUCCCAGCAGCCCUCGGCUGGAUCUGAGAAGCUGCAGUUAUGUUCGGCACGGUCACUCCAUCCUGGCAGCGGCUGGUGUCUCCUCAGGUUAUUUCCUCCUUUAGCACUAAAUUCACAGGGCUUAUCAGUGACUCGGGACCUGAAAGAGCACCUGUAAGAGCUUUGCAGCCUGUGCUCCCUCCAGCUAGCCUUAUCUCUGGAUGAUGAUGAUUCAGUUCAGUAAACCCAGGACAAGUUACGGGUGAUUUGAGGAUAAAUACCCAGAUAACGAGAAGUCCCUCGGGCAGGACGGCACACUGGUGAGACCUGCGUGAGAUCACUGGAGCACAAAGGUGCCGAGUGAAGUCGUUGGGCUGACCCGGGCCUGUGCUCUCAACGCACGCCUUAGCCCGGCACGAUGCCGAAAAGCAGUGCCAAGCGCCCCGCGGGGCUGUUUGCGGCUGCGAUGCGCUGUUGUAGGGAAGCUGUGACAGUGCGGAGCGGGGACGCCCGCGCCUGCUGUCUGAUGUUGGUGUCAGCGCUGUACGGAGCGGGAUAGAGCCCAUCUGCAUCUCCUCGGGGCUGCUGCGAAAGGCUGGGGUGUUGGCUGUGACUCCGGUGCUGAGCACGCCGUGGUUAUUCACCUGCCAUAGCACCGGGGCCGCAGACAGUGUCUGACGCCAUAGGCUGGCUAAAUCACCGCGGCUGGUGGCACCAACCCAGCACUCGCAUUUGGACGCAUUUCUUCGCCUCGGCUUGGCCUAGAAACAAUAUCUCAGAGGAAAAUCAAAGCCUGUGUCUGGUGGUUGGUUGAUUUUUGUUGUUGUUGGUCUUUUUUUCGGGGCCGGAACAGCUGCAGCAUUUGCCGCGACGAUGGGAGAGGGAGCCCGGCGCACGCCGCAGGCUGCGGGGAUGUGCUGCGGCAUGCGCUGUGCCUCCGGCAGCUCGCAGAGCCGGCGUCUUGUGGGGGGAGAAUACGUGGGUUAGCAUCCUUCUCCUGUGGUCAGAAACGGCAGAGAAAGGGAGCAGCUGCACACUUCAGCACUGCUCUCUCGCCAUGCGGCACAAGGAAGGGAAGUGGUGUGCCGUGGGGCAUCUCCCGCAGGGAAAGAGAAUGGCUUAAUAUGCACUCGCAAGCACCUCAGGGACAUGCAGAGUGCUUCUCGCUCAGACAAUCAUGUUGGCUGAAAUGCAGGGUAGGGGGUCAGAGAGGGGGAGUAUGCCCUAUGCUACCACAAAGGGCAUCUUCUGACGAGAUUUUCCUCCUUCAUUCCUGCCCGUGCUGAGGAGCUGAAGCCAUAGCUGUGCACGGGUCAGCUUAGAGGUGAGAUCUGCUGGGGAGAUGCAGUUCUGCCAGGCCUUGCACCGGUGCUGCUCCGAUAUCACCUGCUGAGGACUGGAGACCACUGCCUUCCAGCACUGCCUGCUCUUUCUGCCCCAGUUUGUGGCUGGGCUGGCUUCAGGCUGGUCUGUUGGAAGUGGCUUGUGUGCCCAAGUGCCUUCCUGGUAGACCCUGCCCUCAAGCACCCACCACCUGCCUCCCCUCUGCUGCAGCUGCCCACAGCUGAGGGACUAUGCCAGGACUGUACGCUCUCUCCUCUUGGGAAGCCCUGCCCUUGAAGAGCUCCAGGGUGAAGGCUUGCGCCAAUGGGUACUCCUUGAGCAUCACUGCUCACCUUGUGUACACCAACCCUCAUGAGGAGCCUGUGGAAGGCAUCUUCAUCUACCCAUUGGAGGAGUCAGAGGUGGUGGCUGGCUUCGAGGCAGUGGUGGGCAGCCGGCGGGUGACGUUCCAGGUCCAGAACCGGCACCGGGUGCAGGAUUGCUGCCUCCAGGUUGGCCACAGCUUCAGCCGGCCACGCCGCUGUGCCAGUGGCCACCUUGUCCUGGAUGAAGAUGCAGCGCGCUCCACCUUCAUCAUCGUCACAGGCAUGCUGUGCCCGUCGGAGAGCCUCGCUGUCACUCUGAGCACAGCGCAGGAGCUGGUCACGCUGCCUGACGGGGCUCUGCGCCUCCUGCUGCCCCCUGUCCUCACGCCCCGCGUCCCUGCUGUCCCCGAGAGCGAGCCGGCAAGCUUGUGUGACGACAGGUUGGCCCUAUGCCCCACCAGCUGUUUUGGGGGGCCAGGUGCCCGGAGCCAGCCUGUGGAGCCUGCAGUGCCUGGGGAGAAUGUGGACAUCUUUCGGGGAAGGCCCUGCAACCCUUUUCCUUAUGAGUUUGCCUUUGAGCUGCUGGUGAAGAGCCCCUGCUUGCUGGCAGGACUGGAGAGCCCAUCCCAUGCCCUGAGAGCUGAUGCUGACCCCUGGGCCAGCUCUGCUACCACCACUUGUGUCACCCUGGCUGAGCCCCACUGCUACGACAGGGACCUGGAGAUCAUCCUCUACCCCUGUGAGCCCCACCAUCCCCACCUGGUGAUAGAGGAUGGCAUCAUGACUUACCCUGAGUACGAAGCCCACAUCCGGAGCCGGCGGGAUUACAUGCGGAUUGCCAGGAAGGAUGGCAGUGGCGAGAGACAGGUGGCCUUUGUGCAGAAGCGUUUCCACAAAGACAUCUUCCACAACCCCGUGCUGACGCUGAAUUUCUGCCCGGAGACAGAGGAUGGCCCCAGGGACCUGCAGAGCAUCACCCGUGAGGUUCUCUUCCUCAUUGAUCGUAGCCACACCAUGAAAGGCCCUGAACUUGACAAGGUCAAGGAGGCUUUGCUCGUGGCUCUGAAGAGCCUCCCGUCAGGAACGCUGCUCAACAUUGCCAGCUUCGGCACCGACGUCAAGCCGCUCUUCCCAACCAGCCGCCUCUGCAGCAACGAGACGCUGCGGCGCGCCUGCGAGCACCUCGGCGGGCUGCAGGCAGAUGUGGGCAGCACCAGCCUGCUGGCAGCUCUGGGCUGGGUGCUGAUGCAGCCCCUCCACCAUGGCUACCCCCGCCAGCUCUUCCUCUUCACCAACGCGGCGGCGGCAGGCAACACGGGCAGGAUUCUCCGCCUGCUGCGCAGGCAGGCCAGCACUGUCAGGUGCUUCAGUUUUGGCAUGGGCCCACAGGUGUGCCGGCAGCUGCUGAAGAACAUGGCCAAAGUGAGCAGGGGCCGUGCCGAGUUCCUGAGCCCAGCAGAGAGGCUGCAGCCCAAGCUGAUUAAGUCCCUGAAGAAGGCUAUUGAACCAGCCAUCAGUGACAUCACCAUCGACUGGUAUGUCCCUGACAGCAUGGAGGCUCUGCUCUCACCCACUGAGCUCCCAGCCCUCUACCCCGGGGACCGCCUUGUCAGCUACUGCGUCCUCUACAGCAUUGCUCGCUUCCGCAACAGGCGCCCGCCGGGCCAAGAAGGGCCUCGCCAGGGCUUCCAGGGCUCAGCAUUCCUCUCCCAGGAGGAGGUGCCUACGCCUGGGGAUGGCCACCGGCAACCCCGCGGCACCCUGGGAUCUGGGGACACUUCCCUGGACCUCUCUGUCGUGGGCAUGGAGACGUCGGAACGCAGUACAGAUCCCGUUUCCGGAGGAGAUAUCUGGAGGCGGAUUUACCAGCCCUCCUACAUCCAGGAGCAGUACGUCCUGACACACUGCUCGGUCAGCACCGACCGCAGCCGCGGCUUGCUCUCCCGCAGCUCCACCAGCAGUGAGUCCACUGGCUCCCGCGAUGUGGCCCCUGAGGUUGGCUUUUCAGCUCCUGGCACUGAUGCCACCUCCCAGCAGGGCCAGAAGAGUCUGUCUCUCUGCGAGUCCUCCACAAAAUCCGCCCCACUGCCCUCUGCCCCACCUGGUGCCAAGGUGAUGGUGGCCCUGAGCACAGAGGAGCUGGGGAGGCAGAAGGUGGCGCUGGCACGCCCGGCCCUGGCCAGCCGCAGCUUUUCCUCGCCCCACGGAGAGCUGGACGCUCACAGGCUCUGCCUGGCCUUGGAGAAGGUGUCACAGAAGCGGAACCAGUCCCUGGAGGGGCGACUCGACGAGCUGGGACCACAGGCACGGAGGCUGCAGCCCAGUGCAGUGGAGUUGAAUAACCUCCUCUCGCCCACCCAUCUGGACUGGGACAUGUUGGUGGAGCCCUCCUACCUCUUCAGUGCUGAGCCAGUAGCUGAGCCGGGGGAGCCCAGCACAGGUGAUGCCAGCCUGCCUCUGCGCUGCCAGGUGGUGAUCCAUGCACUGCAGGCUGGGAAGCCAGUGUCCUGGGAAGUGACAGCCUCGCUGGAGUCACUGUUGCAACCCCGGGAGCGACCGGGCAGGGAGGACCCCCUGCGGCGGGCGGCCAAGGCCUGGGACAAGCCGUUGCACCGCUUGGCAGCACGCUCCAUCAUCCAGGACAACGAGAACGCGGCACAGCGGGAGGCUGAGCUGGAGCAGGGUUUUGCCCGCCGGUUUCGCCUGAAAGCCGUGCAAACCAGCAAAGCCUGCAACGUGCCUUCUCUCUACACCCGCCUGGUGCCCGUGGACGGUGCCACACAGGCAGCUCUGCCCACAGCCCCCGAGGUGUGGGGCACAGCCAACUCAACGAGCCGGCCAAGGGCCACCAAGGCAGGGAGCAGGCACCAGAGGGGCUCCUCAGCAGGCCUGGGUCAACAGCAGAAUGCAGAGGACCAGGAUGAGACUCCCAUUGCCACAGAGCGAGGAGAGACCCCAGGGUCUCUGGCCAGCAUUUCCUCACCUACCUAUGGCUCGGAAAAGCAGAACUGCUCCAACGGACCUCCAAACAGCCCUUCAAUCACCUCCAUGGGCUCCCAGAAAUCCACAGAGAGCAUAGCUGGCUCCAGGUUUAGCCUCAGCAGGCGCAGGGGGCCCAGCCUGGUAUUGCGCCCACAGUGCCUCAGCCAGGAAAAUAAGAGCUCCAGCAACCAUGCCAGCCACGACUACCUUCCACUGGUACAACUGCAGCAAGCCCAAGGACCAUUCCAGCUCACCGAGAGCUUCUCUGAAGUGGUGCAGAUCCCCCUGGACCGCCUGUGUCGGGCCUCACCCUAUGCCUCCCACCGAGCCAGCCUCAGCCCCACAUCCCCAGGGCCCAGGAGCAGCCCCGAGGCAGGGCCUGGCAGUGAGGAAGGUGAGGAGUCUGCCACAGCCCCACAGCCUGGCUCGCCACUCUCCCGCAACACUUGCUCUGAGGUGCCAAGCACGGCUGUGUGGGCACAGGCAGACAGUGGGCACGGCUCCGAGUCUGACACUGGCCCCCACUCAGCUGCCCCCUCUGAGGCUAGCGUAAGCUGGCAGGAUGUGGGGCCAGAGGACCUGGAGAGUGCCAGCUGGGCCACGGCAGUGGCCUUGGCAUGGCUGGAGCAUCGCUGUGCUGGCUUCUUUGAGGAGUGGGAGCUGGUGGCAGCCAAGGCAGACGCGUGGCUGCAGGCGCAGCGGCUGCCCGAAGGGGUGGACGUGAGCUGCCUCAAAGGGGCAGCCAGGCACUUGUUCCUGCUGCUGCGUCACUGGAACGAGAACAUCAAGCUGAACAUGCUGUGCUACAACCCCAGCAACGUCUGACGGCCGCUGGAGGGGCCAAUAAAGAUGCCUGGCUCCACA